UUGAGUCUUCUUUUGGAUUAUAAUCAUUUCCCUACCUAAAUCAUUUUUCCUCUUUUUCAGUGCCCAAAUGGCAUGUAACAGAUCAGAGAGACUGAUGAAAUUAGGUGAAAGGCUUCGUCUUUAUAGCCCUAUAAAUACCCAAAUUCAACAAUUUGUUCCCAAAAAUCAAGAAUUGGGGGUAAACCAAAUACCUAAUAACACCAAUUCAAACAGGGCUGCAGUUUUGGUGUGUCUAUUUGAAGACCCGCAAGGCCAUCUUCGUGUAAUCCUCACCAAAAGAGCUUCCACACUUUCUUCACACUCUGGUGAAGUUGCUUUGCCUGGUGGAAAAGUAGAAGAAGGUGAUGCCGAUGACAUUGAGACAGCACUGAGGGAGGCUGAGGAGGAGAUUGGAUUAGACCGUUCACUUGUAGAUGUUGUCACUGUUCUUGAAUCCUUUACUGCCAAGAAGGGAAUUACAGUGAUUCCAGUUGUGGGCAUACUUUGGGACCGGAACGCAUUCAACCCGUUGAUAAACACUGCAGAAGUGGCAUCAAUAUUUGAUGCACCUCUAGAAAUGUUUCUUAAGGAUGAGAAUCGACGAGAACAAGAGUUUGAACACAUGGGAUAUAAAUACGUAAUCCAUUUCUUUGAUCAUCAAACAGAGAAUGAGAAGUAUAUCAUAUGGGCUUUUACUGCUGCUAUUUUGAUUAAAGCUGCAUCGGUUGUGUACCAGCGCCCCCCUGAUUUUCAAGAUCGAAGGCCUAGAUUUUGGAAUAGAAGUCGUCAAUGAAAGAUGUUAUUGCCAAAUCUUUCGCGGGACUUUUGUCCUUUGAACUUUGAACAUAAGAGAUAGUUCCUUCAAAAUUACAUAAAUAUGUGCCUUCAUAUGUAUUUAUAGCCGUUGCUCUCUGUGUAACACAUCUUAGUUUAGUAGCAUCAUUGAUAGUGAAAGUAUAGUGUUAUUUACAUUGCUCCAACUCCAAAAAGUAUAUUGACGUUUUAAAUAUAAGUAAAUAAUGGUGGCUGUUUGGGUCAA